CUUACAAUACCAAUAGCGAACUGAUCAUAUAGAACAAAUAUGAGUUUAUAUUGUAUAUAUACUGUAAAAAAACAAAGAAAUUAUAUGAAUAUAUAGAACAUUAAAAUACAGCAACUAAAUACGUUUGGGAUAAGAAAGGUUUACCAUUCUAUCUUGCCGGGAAAAUCAACUUGUGGUGGUUUCCGGAAGUUUUCCAGUGAAGAAGCGUGGAAGAAAGGUAGACGAAGGAGAGGAUCAAUAGAUAGAUAUGAUGGUUGAACAAAAGUAGAGUUCCUCCGAGUGAGAAGCUCUUGGCGAAUGGGGAGAAGAAGAGGAGGAACUCUUACCACUACUGGAGAAGGGAGAGAAACUAUCCUAUUGUGAGAGGGAUCGGAUGCUGAGAAUUAAUUGCGAUAAACAUAUAUACUCGGUGCAAAGAGUAUUCCAACAAUGAACUCAUCAUUCUCUGCUUUCUCUGAAAUGUUUGGCUCCGAUUACGAGUCUCCGAAUUCAUCAGGCGGAGAUUAUUAUCCGACGCUUGCGACGAGCUGUCCCAAGAAACCGGCGGGUCGGAAGAAGUUUCGCGAGACUCGUCACCCGGUUUACAGAGGAGUUCGUCAAAGAAACUCAGGGAAGUGGGUUUCUGAGUUGAGAGAGCCGAACAAGAAAACGAGGAUUUGGCUCGGGACUUUCCAAACCGCAGAGAUGGCAGCUCGUGCUCACGACGUCGCCGCUAUAACCCUCCGAGGCAGGUCAGCUUGUCUCAAUUUCGCUGACUCGGCUUGGCGGCUACGAAUCCCGGAGUCAACAUCCGCCAAGGAAAUCCAGAAGGCGGCUGCUGAAGCUGCGUUGGCUUUUCAAGAUGAGAUGUGUGAUACGACGACGGCUGAUCAUGGCUUUGACAUGGAGGAGACGAUGGUGGAAGCUAUCGUAGCGCCGGAACAGAGCGAUGUGUUUUAUAUGGACGAUGAGGACAUGUUCGGGAUGCCGCGUUUGUUGGCUAAUAUGGCCGAAGGGAUGCUUUUACCACCGCCGUCCGUACAAUGGAAUCAAAAUUAUGUUGUCGACGGCGAUGAUGACUUGUUGUCGCUAUGGAGUUAUUAAAAUUUUAUUAUUUUGUGAAUUAUUUUGUUUUUGUUCCGUUUUUGGUAUUAUAUAUUAGAUCCUUUUAUAGAACGGAUCUUUGUUUUUGUGGGUAGUGUGAAAAACGAAUGUAAAUGAUUCAGUAAGGAUGUUUUCAAAUGAAAGUGUUUUUGAGUGCAGUAUAUAA